AUGUUGGAAAUCCCAGAAUUUUUACGUAAACAAUGGGAUUAUGUAGGAUCAUGUUGUAACAACACUAAACUAAUGAACCAAGUGCUAGGCCAAAGGUUAGGAUUUGGAGCACAACCGCCUUCGCCAUUUGGUGGAGGAAACAUUUUCGUCCCUCAAAAUUUUCCUCGACCAGUGGACCAAACUAUAGAUUUAGAACAAGCGGGAUCUUUCACACUAAGUCCUCCAGACGGUUCUGCAGGAGUGCAAUUAUUAGAAACAACAGUUAGAGAUGGAAACAGAAUAAUACUUCAAGAAGGAGGUCAGCAGAACGAACAAGGAGGACAGGGACAAAAUUUUGGACAACAAGGAUUCCUGCCUAACCUUCAAGGAGGUGGACAGCAGGGUUUCCAACCUAAUCUACAAGGACAACAAACAUUUAUUACCCGACCAGCUGGAGUAUUUAAUAGCCAAAAUCAACAGGUACGAAUUGUUCAGGCUGGGGGUGGAUUCAGGAAUCCGUUUCCAGGUAUACAGCUUCCUGUUGCAACUCUUAUGGCUCCAAUCCCAAAUACAAAUCCAUUUCUCAGCCCGCCUAAUUCACCUUCAGGUCGAUUAGUGAAUAAUAUCAUAGCAGGAAUUCCAGGAAAUCCUUUACCAACGGCUAUACCUAGUAACCAAGUCAACAUAGGGCAGCGAUUACCUAUGGGAAACAUUCAGGGAAAUCUUCCCAUGUCUGGAAAUCAGUUUCAAAUGCAAGGAAAUCAGGGGUUACAAGGAAAUCAGUUUCAGCAAAUUCAAGGAAACCAGUUUCAGCAAAAUCAAGGAAACCAGUUUCAGCAAAAUCAAGGAAACCAAUUUCAACAAAUUCAUGGAAACCAACAAUUUCAGAGAGCACUUCCAACGGGAAUACCAAACACACAAGAUGCAGUAAAUUCUAUAACUAGUUCUAAUACUUUUGACGAGCGUUUUAAUUUGAUAGAUCCAACUACUAAUAAUGCGGUUCAGGAUGUGUCUAAUCCCGGUGCGCAGAAUCAACAAGGACAAUUUCAAGCCAAUCAAAAUUUACAGCAGCCAUCUCAAAAUAGUAUAUUUCCACAACAGAAUCAGUUUCAAAAUCAAGGACAGGUUACAGGAAAUAUCAACAAUCAAUUUAGAGGAGGUUUACCUAAUGUUGGGUUUCAAGCCCCUGGACAAAACUCACAGUUUAACCGAUUUGAUCCACCUCCUCCACAAUUUAUCGGCAAUCAAAGACAAUUUAACAAUGUUCCAAGGUCUGAAUUUGCUAAUAAUAAUGAUAUUCGAAGCGCAAAUACGCGUGCCAUUUUACAAGCGAAUGAUUUCAACGUAACAUUGACACAUCCUAUGGACCCUAGUGUUGGAUUACUUUUAACAGAUGUUUUAUUAAAUAAUCUUCCUCAAAGGGCUAACACAAUAUUCAGAGAUUUUGGCCAACAAGGUUUUACAGAUAUUUUUCCGGGUCAGUCUCAACCGACACCAAUUCCCGAUAUUAUGAAUACACUGGCUCCAGGUUUAACUAUGUCUACUCGAUUUACAACAAUGCCUCCACCUUCAACGACCACAGUUGCCGAAUAUAGCUGUCAACAUAGUAAAUGUGGCAAAGGACAGGCUUGUGUCUAUGAUGAGAAAUACAGAUGUCCAAAAUGGAUUCCUUUAUUACAGUGUAAAUGUUUGGCAGGAUGUAUGUAUAACGACUGGUUCAUACGUAAAAAUUUUGUGAUACCAGUUGACAGAUGUGGCAAUCACUGUGCUUGCGAAAGAGAUGAUGGCGUGGCAACUUGUACGAAGAUAAAAUGCCCGAACGCUGCCUGAUUACGUUAUUAACAAUCGACAAAGUUGAUCGGGGACAAAGAAAUUAGCGUUUCGUUUGUUUUUUCAACGAAAAACCUCAACAUCUGCAGAGUGAAUGCAGGCAGAAGAAAACCAAAUAAAUAUGUCUUUCAUCAUUGGAUUACAGCUGUUUGUUUCUUUGAAGAUUUUGUGGGAAUGUUAUAACCAAUUCAUUAUUUUGUCAUUAUAAUUCAUUCAACUGUCGUUUUAAGACAUUCAUUUGAAACUUUGUACAUAUGAUAUCUAUAAAUAAAACUGUAUAUUUUCCUACAGUCUGUAUACAUCAACAUGA